AUGCAAUGUCGAAUGCUUCCUGGAAGCUCGGUUUCUGCAGCGGUUUACUUACCACUGGUGCAGGCCCAGGGCACCUUCCUCUUUCAGCGCAACACGGAAGUGAUUCAAGAGACGCAAUCUAAGCUGCAGGAGCUAUUUGAGCGUAUAGAGGCCCUGCCCGACGCAUGCAGUCUUCGUCUUCUAUUGCUGACGGAGUUUACUGCGGACCGGGCGCUGGGUGCUCUGGUACCCAUAAACGCCCUCCGAAACGCCGCUCUGCUUGCGAUUCGAACCCCGCUGGCUGCCAUGAUUGACGUGGACCUCGCCGUGAGCGACUCGCUUCGGCGCGUCCUCGCGCAGCCUGACAGACUAGAAGCAAUACAGCAGGCAUCGACCGUGUUCUGGGUACUACCCACCUGGGAAGCAGAGGGCCACUUGAAACCGGAGGAUGCGCAGAACACUGUUCUGUCGGCGAUUAAAGGGCCUCCCCUCGUCAGCGUCCUCUUUGUCCUGGUGUUGGAUGUCGUCGUAAUAGUAGUGGUCCACGCGACAAGAAGCGGCUGCAGAUGUUGUGGCAAACCCGGCACCUACGUACGUUUUCAGAAGACAUCUUUCCUCAGGGUCACAAUGCAACAGAUUAUCGACGGUAUGUAUCGUAAUGCUGUAACUGACAGGUGGUUGAGUACCGACCAGCCGUACACCAUACGCUACGGACGUGGUUACGAGCCGUGGGGUGUCACCUCCAGGAAGCAGUACACGUGGAUGCCGUACGACGUUCGGUUUCGGGGCUGUUUUCGCGACAAGGUGACGCAAGUGGCCUCUCUGGCCUACAUAAACACGAGCUUUGCUGCUUUGCCUGACGCCUGGCUGGUACACCAGCCACACCAGCUCUCCGCUGCGGCUUCCAUCGCCGUGGGUCGCUUGCACGGGGGACCCUUAGCGGCAGGGAAAAGGAUCCAGGCGCUGCAGCAGGGUACGACGUAUGAAUAUGUGCCGUUUACACGAAAAUGCGUUUUUUGCGUGCCGUAUAUGGACGAGUACACGUUUCCGCAUAAAAGGGUGUCGUGGCUUCGGGUUCAAGCGCUGCAUAAGGUGGUAUUUUACCGGGGCAUCAACACCACCAAGUUCAUGCUGCAUAAGGCCCAUUCCCUGGUCACGAGUGACGAGGCGCUGGGGGCGAUGGCGGCUGGGCGCUACGAGCCCGUAGCGGCGUUCAACAACAACCAGCAAAUUUGGCAAAAUAAUUCCACGGUGAUCUUCAUCCAUAUGAUGCAAGCGAUUCGGACUCAAGCUAAUUAG